CACUCCAGCCUGGGCAACAGGAACAAAACUCUGUCUUAAAAAGAAAUUCCAUGCUCGUGGAUUGAGAAAAUCAGUAACUCAUUUUAAGUUCUGGGGUACAUGUGCAGGAUGCACAGGUUUGUUACAUAGGAGAAUAUGUGUGUGCCAUGGUAGUUUGCUGCAUCUAUCAACCUGUAAAUAUUAAACUCAACAUGCAUUAGCUGUUUUUCCUGAUACACUGCCCCCUGCCAUCCCACCAGGCUCCAGUGUGUUCCCCUCCCUGUAUGCAUGUGUUCUCAUUGAAUAAGAGUUUAAAAUUUUAAGGUUGUCCAACUUACCAGUCUUCUUUUAUGGUUAGAGCUUUUUAUAAUCUGUUUAAUGGAUCCCUGCUUAUUGCAUGGUCCUGAUGUUCUAACGUAUUAUGUUCCAAAAACUUAAUUAUUUUGCUUUCACAUGUCAAUUUCAUUCCACCUGGAAAUGGUGUUUGCAUAUAGUAUGAGAUGGUUAGUAUGAAGUAGUAAGGUUUUGUUGUAUUUUUUAUGAACAUCCGGUUGAACAGUAUAAAUUAAUUGAAAAGAUUAUCUUAUCCUUUCCUUACUGCUUUGUGUUCUACCUUUAUCAUAAAUCAAGUCAUACGUAUAGUCAGUUUCUGGAUUCUCUUUUGUUCCAUCUAUGUUGCGAUUUUAUGGUUAAUCCAACAAUAAUAUAGUUUUAUUAGCUUUCUUUUGGUUACUGUUUGUGUGAUAGAUAUCUUUUCUAUCUUUUUAUUUCCAACUUUGUAUAGCCCUUUAUUUAAGGUAUAUCUCUUAAAAGUCUAUUUUUGGACAGCAUGUGGUUUUUAAAAUGAUUAACCUGAUAAUCCAACUUUUUUUCUCUUUAAUUUUUGUGUUUACAUGGUAGGUGUCUAUAGAGUACAUGAGAUGUUUUGACAUAAGCAUGCAAUGUGAAAUGAGCACAUCAUGGAGAAUGGGGGUAUACAUCCCUUCAAACAUUGAUCCUUUGAGGACGAUCUGACUUUUAAUUGGAGUUGUAGGGAAGACAGAACUUUGCCUCUUCCCUUUUAGAGUUAAAUUGACAAAGAUCAACUGGAGAAAAGCUACAGAUUUCUUUAAUGCAAGUUUUACAUGACACAGGAGACCUCAUAAGAAAAUGAAUACCCCAAGAAGCAGUUAGGGUUAGUCAGUUAUGUAAUGAAUUGGACAAAGAAUAGUAAGUUGUGAAAUAAGAUAAGGCAAAGGGGUUUCGGGCUAGGAAAGUUAAUUAAUUAGGUAGAGAAAUGACUAGGAAGAUAAGGUUGAUUUGACAGUUUGGUUGUACAGAUUUUGGUGAUUUUAACUUCCCAACUUUGGGGAAAAAAAAAAACAUAUAUAUAUAUAUAUAUGGAGGACCUCUUUCACACAGGAAUUUCAUUUCCUGCUUUUAGGAAACAGAAUGAAGAUCAGAGUGGUCUUGUACCUGCUGUUUUUUGUUGAGUGCCCUUAAUUUAAAAUAGUCAAUAUGCUAGAGCAGCAUAUUGCGAGGGUGACAUAUUCUUUCUUCUUCAGAGUAUUUCAUAUAUUUUACUUUCAAUGUGUAACGUAACUUUUAAUCUACCACCUUACUUUGUGUUUUCUGUUUUUCCUACUUAUUCUGGGUCUCUGUCUGCCUCUCUGUCUCUCUGUUUCUCUCUCUGACUGAUUAAAAUGAAACAUUACAGCUUCCCUUACCCACUUAGCUUAGUAGUUAUGUAUUCAUCCACUACUUAUUUAGUGUUGCUUUGAGAAUGACCUUUGGUACUUUGUUCCAAAAAAGACAGGGCAGUAAUUACACAUAUUCUACAAAAUAGGGAUACAGAGUUUUGAGGAUGACUACAGCAAUGAUUUGUAUUUUCUUGACCAAAAUAAUGUUAAUUCCUUAGGUGUUCAUGGCAGGGAGUAUAAAUGACCUUUAUCUUCCCACUUGUCGGAAACACACUAGAUAGGAUUGUUUGAAAUGAUUUAAUCUGCUUUUGGUCGUGUUGUCAUAAGCAUGGAAUCUCUCCUUAGAACCUGGGGGAUACUUUCUGUUAGCCAUAUUGUAAUAUAUUAAUUUGUGGCAGUCAUUUGUAUUUGAACCCCAUGGUCUUUAAGGACCCACGUAACUUGGGGAAAGUGAUGUCCUUACCUUGAUUUUAGCAUUCAACUGGAAACUGGGGGUUGGUUCUUUCCUGAACACUCUCCUGGACAUAUGAAAUGUGUUUGGAUUAUCUUUUUCUCCUUUUCUUGCAUAUUUGAUCCUGUUGAUUAUUCGUAUAUCUGCACAUUCCUCCUUUCUUGAAUAUUAAUAGCCCAAAUUUCAUUUAGACAUUAAUUCAAGAGUUAUUUAUGUAUUUAUUUAUUUUUGUUCUCAGAGGUGGAACGAGUAUAGCAGGGAAUCAUUGGAAAGGGAGAUCUAGGUUUCACUGCUUUUAUUAACUAUCUUUGUGACCAUUUGGAAGGAUAUUUUACAUUUAUUUAAGUAAUCUAUAAAAAGGAAGAACUUGAAUAAAUGAUCUUCAAGCUUUUCUGUAGAAACUUUUUUGAUCCUAUUCAAAUAUGUUUUAAUAAACAUGUAAAAAAUAUUUAAUGAGGAAGUUAAACAAUAUUUAUUGCUUUUGGUAUAAAUAACAAUGCUUAUUUAUGUGUGUAAGAUUUUUAAACUGCUAAACACAUGAAACAGAUUGUGAGAUACAGAAAAUAUAUCUUUUCUUUUAUAGUGUUCAUUUUGUCCUGCUUUUUUUUUUUUUUUAAUGAAGUCAAAAUGCCAGUAAGAUCAGAUCUCCAGCAGUUGGAAAAAUACAUUGAUGAUGCUCUAAGAAAAAAUGAUUUCAGACCUUUGAAAACACUUUUACAAAUUGAUAUUUGUGAAGAUGUGAAGAUUAAAUGCAGCAAACAGUUUUUCCACAAAGUGGACAACCUUAUUUGCAGGGAACUUAAUAAAGAGGAUAUGCACAAUGUUUCAACCAUUUUGGUUUCUGUUGGAAGAUGUGGCAAAAAUAUCAGUGUAUUGGGGCAAGCUGGACUUUUAACUAUGAUAAAACAAGGACUAAUACAAAAGAUGGCUUUCUGGUUUGAAAAAUCCAAGGAGAUUAUUCAGAGUCAAGAAAAUUCAAAAGAUGAAGCUGCUCUAAAUAUGAUAGAAGACUUAGUUGAUCUUCUGCUGGUCAUACAUGACGUCAGUGAUGAAGGUAAAAAACAAGUAGUGGAAAGUUUCGUACCUCGCAUUUGUUCCCUGGUUAUUGACUCAAGAGUGAAUAUUUGUAUUCAGCAAGAGAUAAUAAAAAAAAUGAAUGCUAUGCUUGACAAAAUGCCUCAAGAUGCCCGGAAAAUACUUUCUAACCAAGAAAUGUUAAUUCUCAUGGGUAGUAUGGGAGAGAGGAUUUUAGAUGCUGGAGAUUAUGACUUACAGGUAGGCAUUGUAGAAGCUUUAUGUAGAAUGACCACAGAAAAACAAAGACAAGAACUGGCACAUCAUUGGUUUUCAAUGGAUUUUAUUGCUAAUGCAUUUAAAAGAAUUAAGGACUCUGAAUUUGAAACAGAUUGCAGGAUAUUUCUCAACCUUGUAAAUGGCAUACUUGGAGACAAAAGAAGGGUUUUUACAUUUCCUUGUUUGUCAGCAUUUCUUGAUAAAUAUGAGCUGCAAAUACCAUCAGAUGAAAAACUUGAGGAAUUUUGGAUUGAUUUUAAUCUUGGGAGUCAGACUGUCUCAUUCUACAUUGCUGGAGAUAAUGACGAUCAUCAGUGGGAAGCUGUUACUGUGCCGGAGGAAAAAGUACAAAUAUACAGCAUUGAAGUGAGAGAAUCAAAGAAGCUACUGACCAUAACUCUAAAAAAUACGGUAAAAAUUAGUAAAAGAGAAGGGAAAGAAUUGCUUUUGUAUUUUGAUGCAUCACUAGAAAUCACUAAUGUGACUCAAAAAAUUUUUGGUGCAAAUAAACUUAGGGAAUCUAUCAGAAAACAAGGUAUUUCCGUUGCCAAAACAUCAGUGCAUAUACUUUUUGAUGCAAGUGGAUCACAGAUUCUAGUGCCAGAAAGUCAGAUCUCUCCAGUCGGAGAAGAACUCGUUAGUCUAAAAGAAAAAUCUAAGUCCCCAAAGGAAUUUGCUAAAACUUCAAAAUAUAUCAAAAACAGUAACCAAGAGAAUAGAAACAACAGUCAGCUUGAGAUAAUUACUCCUAGUAAAAGAAAAAUGUCUGAAGCAUCAAUGAUUGUUUCUGGUGCAGAUAGAUACACUAUGAGAAGUCCAGUACUUUUCAUCAACACAUCAAUUCCACCACAGAGAAGAAAAAUUAAACCACCACUGCAAAUGACAAGUUCUGCAGAGAAAUCUAGUGUAUCUCAAACAUUAGAAAAUAGAGUGGAUAGUGCUGCAUCACUGAAAUCUAGACCAUCGGAAGGAAGACAUAGAAGAGAUAAUACAGACAAAGUAACUUUACUUGAAAGUAUUUUUAAAAAUUUUUUUCUAGUAAUUGUGGAAAUAUAUAUUGAGCUGACUUCUUUUGCAAACAGCAAGGUUUACUUAGAUGAACUCCAGGAUGUUAUACCUGAUUCACAGGCAGUGGAAAAAAGAGAUCAUUCUACAUUACCUGGUGUUUUAGACAACAUCUGUGGAAAUAAAAUGCACAGCAAAUGGGCAUGUUGGACACCUGUAACAAACAUUGAACUAUGUAGUAACCAAAGAGCAAGUAUUUCAUCAGGAGACACCUUUAAUCAAGAUAUUGUUAUAAAUAAAAAACCUAAACAAAAAUCAUACUCUUCAAUAUCUGAUAAUAAUUCUGAAGAAACAGCAAAAGUAAAAUAUAAGAAAGAACGAACCAACCAUAUCAAAAUAGAUAAAGCAGAAGUUGAAGAUUGCAAAAAACACAGUCAACAGCAAAAUCAUCCUAAAUAUUCAGAGCAGAAAAAUACUGAAAAUAUCAAGCAGAGUGAUUGGCCUGUUGAAUCUGAAACUACUUUUAAAUCAGUUCUCUUAAAUAAGACAAUUGAAGAAUCGCUGAUUUAUAGGAAGAAAUGCAUAUUGUCAAAAGAUGUGAAUACUGCUACUUGUGAUAAAAAUCCUUCCACUAGCAAUAAUGUGAAAAGUCAUAGAAAAGCAGAGAAAGAAUUGACUUCCGAACUUAAUUCCUGGGAUUUGAAACAAAAAAAAAUGAGAGAAAAGUCAAAAGGGAAAGAAUUUACUGAUGCAGCAGAAUCCUUGAUAAGCCAAAUAAAUAAAAAAUACAAAACAAAACAUGACAUAAAGUCUACAAGAAAAUUAAAGGAGUCUUUGACUAACAGUGGUUUUUCAAACAAACCUGUUGUUCAACUUAGUAAGGAAAAAGUUCAGAAAAAAAGCUACAGAAAACUGAAGACUACUUUUGUUAAUGUUACUUCUGAAUGCCCAUUGAAUGAUGUUUACAAUUUUAAUUUGAAUGGAGCUGAUGACCCUGUCAUAAAACUUGGAAUCCAAGAAUUUCAAGCUACAGCUAAAGAAGCCUGUGCGGAUAAGUCAGUAAGAUUGGUAGGUCUAAGGAAUCAUGAUGAACUUGAAUCUUCUGUCAAAACAAAAGAUAAAAAAAUUAUAACAAAUCAUAAAAAGAAAAAUCUGUUUAGCGAUACUGAAACAGAGUUCAGAUGUGAUGACAGCAAGACUGAUAUUAGCUGGCUAACAGAACCGAAAUCAAAACCACAGCUAAUAGACUAUAGCAGAAAUAAAAAUGUGAAGAAUCAUAAAAGUGGAAAAUCAAGAUCAUCUUUGGAAAAGGGACAACCAAGAUCUAAAAUGACACCCAGUAAAAAUAUCACCAAAAAAAUGGACAAGACAGUUCCAGAUAGAAGAAUAAGACUUCCACGAAGAGCAACAAAAGCAAAAAAAAAUUAUAAAGAUCUCUCAAAUUCAGAAUCAGAGUGUGAAGAAGAAUUGUCACAUUCAUUUAAAGAGAACUUGCUAGUAAAGGAGGAGAAUAUCCAUUCCAGAAUCAAAACUUUAAAGCUACCGAAGAAACAACAGAAAGUCUUCUGUGCAGCAACAGAAAAGGAAUUAUCAAAACAAUGGAAAAACUCAAGUCUACUAAAGGAUACUAUACAAGAUAAUUGCCUUGACUUAUCUCCUGUAUCUUUAUCUGGCAGUUCAUCAUCUAUAGAAGUAAUGAGAUGUAUAGAGAAAAUAAAAGAAAAGGAUUUUAUUCAGGAUUAUGACUGCAUAACAAAAUCGAUAUCCCCUUAUCCAAAAACUUCAUCAGUUGAAUCCUUAAAUAGUAACAGUGGAGUUGGAGGUACAAUAAAGUCACCCAAAAACAAUGAGAAAAACUUCCUGUGUACAAGGGAAAGUUGUUCACCAAUUCCAAGACCACUGUUUUCGCCCAGACAUACUCCAACUAAGAAUACUACUACUAUAAAUAGGAAAAAUAUAAGUUCUCUAGUACUUACACAAGAAACAACAAAUCAUAACAGCUAUACAGAUGCAAGCAGUUACAAUUCAGAAAAACAGUUUGUGGAAAUUGAAUCUCCAAAUAUCAGAGAAAAUCAUAUACAAAGCAAAAGAGAGGAAAGCCAUUCAGCAUCUUCAUUAUCCAAGUCUAGUGAAGGAAGAGACAAAAUGUGGUUGGAGAUGCCCUGUGAUGCUACUCAUGUAUCGGGCCCCACUCAACAUCUUAGUCGCAAACGAAUGUGCAUAGAAGAUAAUCUAAGUAAUUCCAAUGAAGUAGAAAUGGAAGAGAAAGGAGAAAGGAGAGCAAACUUGCUCCCGAAAAAACUGUGUAAAACUGAAGAUGCGGAUCAUCAUAUCCACAAAAUGCCUGAAAGUAUAACUUCAUUAUCAACAAAUGACUUUUCUAUUCCUUGGGAGACCUGGCAAAAUGAAUUUGCAGGUAUAGAGAUGACUUAUGAGACUUAUGAGAGGCUCAAUUCAGAAUUUAAGAGAAGGAAUAAUAUCCGACAUAAAAUGUUGAGUUAUUUUACUACGCAGUCCUGGAAAACAGCUCAACAACAUCUGAGAACAAUGAAUCAUCAAAGUCAGGAGUCUAGGAUUAAAAAACUUGAUAAAUUCCAAUUAAUUAUCAUAGAAGAGCUGGAGAAUUUUGAAAAAGAUUCACAGUCUUUAAAAGAUUUGGAAAAGGAAUUUGUGGACUUUUGGGAAAAGAUAUUUCAGAAGUUCAGUGCAUAUCAAAAAAGUGAACAACAGAGGCUUCAUCUUUUGCAAACUUCAUUGGCUAAAAGUGUCUUCUGUAAUACUGAUAAUGAAGAAACUAUUUUUACAUCUGAGAUGUGUUUGAUGAAAGAAGACAUGAAAGUCCUACAAGACAGGCUUCUUAGGGACAUGCUAGAAGAGGAGCUUCUUAAUGUACGCAGAGAACUCAUGUCAGUAUUCAUGGCUCAUGAAAGAAAUCUUAAUAUGUGAAAUCUAGUUUUUAUCAACAUACUUUAUCUAAUUAUUGUUUGUGUAUAACUGAGGAAAUAACAGAGUAGUUCUACAAUGAGAAAAAUGUACAUGUCACCCAGGCAACCCUUUGCAGGAACCCUCAAAUUAAAAAAAAAAAAAAAAGUAUUUUAAUGAAUAAGAAAGAACUACUAUAACGUGACUCCAAGCCCAGACUUUUGUCUACAGAAUAUUAUUUUUUAGUUUUGGAGAUAAAAGCUUUAAGAAACUUUUCGAGUUAAUUAUAUUUGUAAAAUGAGUUUCUUUACUAAAUUUGUGUAAAAUGUAUUAUUUUAUUACAUAAAAUGUGUUUUUGAAUCAAUGCAGUUUUGGGAUGAAUAUAUGUUAUUAAAAUAUGUUUAAUAGCUUAGAAUUCAAGUAAUAAAAAUUUAGCCACACUUACAAAGGGGAAGAAGUCCCUAAGUUAAAAUGUUUAACUGAGUGGUAGAUCAGAACUUUCAGCACACUGUUAGAAACAUUUAUUCAAUUACGGCUGUAACGUAUUAGGAGACACUAAAUGGCCUAAAAUAGCUACUACAUUCCUUACAUAUGUUAAUUCAAUAUAAAAGUCUUACUUCAUAAGCAGGCUGUUUGACAAAUACUUUUAAUCUACUAGUAGUCAUUGUAGUAUCUUGCUAGAUUAAUUUAUAAAAAUGAGUAUACAUUUGAUUUGCUUUUAAUGAAGUUGAAAUAAAUGCCUAUGUUACUUGAAUAAGUAUAAACAUUAUAUUC